GCUCAAGGCCACUUUCAAAUCUCAUUGGCUUAGCUGUCAUGUGGUUGUGCAGAGGCAUCCACAAUUACACAGGGAAUGUUUUCGUAGAGAUGUCAGCCUACAAAGGACACAAUCUCUCUUCUUCAAAUUCCUCCCCAAAAUGUCCUUUCCCAACAGCUCUCCAGCCGCUAACACUUUUUUAGUCGAUUCUUUGAUCAGUGCCUGCAGGAGCGAUAGUUUUUAUUCCAACAGCGCCAGCAUGUAUAUGCCACCUAGCACAGACAUUGGGACUUAUGGGAUGCAAACCUGUGGACUACUACCGUCUCUGGCCAAAAGAGAAGUUAAUCAUCAAAAUAUGGGUAUGAAUGUACAUCCUUAUAUACCUCAGGUAGACAAUUGGACAGAUCCGAACAGGUCUUGCCGAAUAGAGCAACCUGUUACUCAGCAGGUUCCCACUUGCUCCUUCACCACCAAUAUCAAGGAAGAAACCAAUUGCUGCAUGUAUUCUGAUAAGAGAUCAAAGCUCGUCUCUUCUUCUGAGGUCCCUUCAUACCAGAGGCUGGUCUCUGAUUCCUGCCCCAUUGAAAACCCCGAGGUUCCUGUCCCAGGAUAUUUCAGACUGAGCCAGACCUACGCCACUGGGAAAACCCAAGAGUACAAUAAUAGCCCUGAAACGAGUUCAACUGUCAUGUUACAGUUAAACCCUCGCGGCGCUUCCAAACCGCAGAUAGCUUCGCAACUUCCGAUGGAGAAGAAAAUGAAUGAAAAUCCCACCAGCAGCAGCAACAACAACAGCAACACCCACCACCCAGACAACUCCGCCAAAGUAUCUCAAGUGGAAAGUCCUGAACCCAAGUCCACGCUGCAGGACGACAGGAGCUGCCUGGCUGAAGCCUCCGUGUCCAGCCCAGAAGCCCAAGAGAAAGAAAGCAAAGAGGAAAUCAAGUCUGAUACUCCAACCAGCAAUUGGUUAACCGCAAAGAGUGGCAGAAAGAAGAGGUGUCCUUAUACUAAACACCAGACACUGGAAUUAGAGAAAGAGUUCUUAUUCAAUAUGUAUCUCACUCGAGAGCGCCGCCUAGAGAUCAGUAAGAGCGUAAACCUCACUGACAGGCAGGUCAAGAUCUGGUUUCAAAACCGCAGAAUGAAGCUCAAGAAGAUGAGCAGGGAGAACCGGAUCCGGGAACUGACCGCUAAUCUGACCUUCUCUUAAGCCGUCACCUGGGGGGUGCUCCCCAGAGCUGAGACAUGGCCUCCAUGACCACCAGUGGCUAAAUAUGUAGGAAAGACUUUUGGGGGAAGAGAAAAGAAAGAAAGAAAGAAAAGAAAGGAAGGAAACCGACACCCCUCCAUUCUCCAUUUUUAAAAAACACUUCUGAUAGAAUGUGACUUUUGUUUGUCAUUCUUUUUAGUGCUGCAAGUGUCGAUGUAUGUUCCUAUGACCAGUAUAUAUAUAUAUAUUAAAAAGAAACCUAGCACGUGUAA